AUGAGGUGGCAUAAAGAUAAAAGGUGUGAAACUGAAGGAAUACUUCGACAUCCUGCUGAUGCUGAGGAUGCUCGUAAUGUGAGAUUGACGCUUUCUUCAGAUGGUUUUAACCCUUUCGGAAAUAUGAGUUUAUCAUACAGUAUGUGGUCAGUUAUGCUCAUUCCAUAUAAUUUGCCUCCUUGGAAGUGCAUGAAAGAAUCAUCUAUUUUUCUAUCUCUACUCAUCCCUGGGCCAAGGUCUCCUGGUACAGAAAUUGAUGUUUAUUUACAACCCUUGAUAGAUGAGUUGAAUGAGUUGUGGGUGAAUGGUAUUCGCACCUAUGAUAGUUUUAAUGGAUCUUUCUUCCAACUUCAUGCGGCUCUGUUGUGGACGAUUAAUGAUUUUCCAGCUUAUGGUGAUUUGUCUGGUUGGAGGACGAAAAGAUAUAAGGCAUGUCCAGUUUGCAACGAUGAUUCGAGUUCAAUGAGAUUGAAAAGCAAAAUUUGUUUCAUGGGACAUCGUCGAUAUUUACCUCAAACACAUACAUGGCGUAGGAGUAAGCAACACGAUGGGAAACAAGAAUUUAGAUUAGCCCCGAAGAUGUUAACUGGACAAGAUAUUAUAAAUCAAUUGAAUUCAUCGAGUUUCCCUACGUUGAGCAAGCAUCCUACAAUAGUAUCUGAUAACAAACGUAAGCGAUUAGCUAACAAGCACAAUUGGAGUAAAAGAAGUAUCUUCUUUGAUCUUCCAUAUUGGAAAAAUCUUAUGUUACAUCAUAAACUUGAUGUGAUGCAUAUUGAGAAAAACAUUUGUGAUAAUUUGGUUGGUAUUAUACUGAAUAUUGACGGGAAGACUAAAGAUACCAUUAAAGCUCGUGAGGAUUUAGUAAACUUGAAAAUUAGAAAAGAACUUCAUAUACAAGAAAUUGGAGGCAGGCGUGUGAAGCCUCAUGCAUCGUUCACAUUAACUACGAGUGAAAAAGUUAGCUUCUGUACAUUUUUAAAAUCUGUAAAGUUUCCAGAUGGUUUUGCUUCAAAUAUAUCACAGUGUGUGAAUGCGAACGAGGGCAGAAUCACCGGUCUGAAAAGUCAUGAUUGUCACGUUUUAUUACAAAGACUUCUUCCAAUUGGUAUUCGGCCAUAUAUACCCAAGGACAUUGCUACAACUAUAUCAGAAUUGUCAAACUUCUUUCAUGAUUUAUGUGCAAAAACUCUGCGCAUAUCAGAAUUAGAAAGAAUGCAGACUGACAUAGUGUUCAUCCUGUGUAAGUUGGAAAAGAUCUUUCCACCAGCAUUCUUUGACGUUAUGGUUCACUUAGCUGUUCAUUUGUCGUGGGAAGCAACCAUCAUUGGUCCAGUGGGUUAUAGUUGGAUGUACCCGAUUGAAAGGAGUCUGCGAUAUUUGAAGCAAUAUGUUAGAAACAAAGCUCGACCUAAAGGUUCAAUUGCAGAAGCUUACAUCAUAAAUGAAUCUUUAACUUUUUGUUCUAUGUAUUUACAUGGGAUUGAAACAAGAUUCAAUAGGAUUGAGCGUAAUUAUGAUAACGUCGAGGAUGUGGAGAACAAUAAUGAGCUAUCGGUUUUUUCUGGACGUGUACGACUAUUGGGUGGUAGCCAAUUUAAACGGUUGACUUCUGAUGGUUUAAAAAAAGCACAUUGGUAUAUACUAAACAACUGUGAUGAAGUGGCACCUUACCUUGAGUAUGUAUCUAUUCUAGUACAACACUAA